CAAAACUCAGUUCAGAGGACCUCCUCGUGGAGAUCCUAACGAUCCUGAAAUUCGAGCGGCUCGAAAACAGUAUGCAACCGAUGUGAAGUCUGGUUAUCAAACCGUAUAUUCCACAGGGGCAACCACCAUAUAUGAAGAAAUCAAAGGGAAAGGUAUCUUACCGGAUCCCAAACCACUUCGGAUGCCUGAAGAGAAAUUGGAUAAGUCCCGAUAUUGUGAUUAUCACAAAUCGCCAGGGCAUAAUACAGAUGAAUGUUUAAGUUUGUUAACUGCCCUGUUGCGUUUAAUUGGUCAUCCGCAGCUUAGAAAAUUCUACCUCAAUACCGACCCUCAGAAAAGGGGUCCAGGGCGUCAGAUUGAAUCAUAUGAUGAAGACGACGAGGAGGACCGCGGCGCCAUGCCAAAACGCAUCCGGAAAGGAGACAAGGAAGUAUUCAUGCUCACCUCGGAAACCCCCACUCCCAACUUUGUUGGAGCUUCCCGAGGACGUAAGCGAGAUCGAUCUCCUGAACCGAUGCAAAUCACCGUCCACCGUGUCAACACUAACAACUCCCGAAGUACAUUGUCCCGUCGACAAAUUAAAGCCUAUGCCCGACAAGCGUACAACUCCGGCAAACAAGUUUACACCACCGAUUUGAGAGACAUUCUCAACAAUCAAAACUGUCCCAUAACCUUUAAUAUGGAGGACGCCAAUCAUUUCGCACACCCUCAUUCUGAUGCGCUUGUUAUCACUGUCCCUAUAUGUGGAAUUCCCGUUCAUCGCGUUAUGGUAGAUACUGGGGCCUAUUCGAGCAUUUUGAUGUUAAAAGCUUUCGACAAAAUGGGUCUCGAUCCCGCCGACAUCCGACCUUGCAAUGACCAAAUACAAGGAUUCAACGGAAGUAUUUCAAAGCCUAUCGGCGAGAUCACUUUACCAGUCAGAUUUGGCACUUCAGAGAACGUCACCAAGCUCGUCAUGGAGACUUUCAAAAUUCUUGAUAUCAACAACGAGUAUAAUGCCAUCAUUGGUAGAACAGCAUU